AAUAGAUAGAAAUUUUAUUAACACAAUAUGUGCGAUAAAAUAAUCACAGUACAAGCAAGUUUAAAUCAACAAUCUAUAACUCGUACUUUAGAUAAACCAUAUAAAUGUAGUGUAUGUGAUAAAACAUUCUUACAUAACGGAAAUUUGAAUGAACACUCUCGAAUACAUACUCGAGAGAAGCCUUAUUAUUGCAACGUGUGUGAUAAAACAUUCAGACAGAAAUCAAAUUUCAAUCGACACUCCAUUUUUCAUACUAAAGAAAAACCUUUCUCAUGUAAUGUAUGUAAAAAAGCAUUCAUGGAGAGAAGUCAUUUGAAUGAACAUUCUCUUGUUCAUACGAAAGAAAAGCUUUAUUCAUGCAGUGUGUGUAAUAUGUCUUAUACAAAAAGAUUUCAUUUAAAAAGGCAUAGUCUUGCUCAUAAUCAAGAGAGACCUUAUUCAUGCAGUGUUUGUAAGAAAACAUUCAAACUUUCAGACACUUUAAAAAGACAUUAUCUUAUUCAUUCUGGGGAAAAGCUAUAUUCAUGCGGUGUGUGUGAAAAAAAAUUUGCUAAGAAAUGUCAUUUAAUUAGGCACUCUCUUAUUCAUACUGGAGAAAGACCUUAUUCAUGCAGUGUUUGUGAAAGAACUUUCACACAGACAGCUAGCUUAAAAAAACAUUACCUUGUUCAUACCGGAGAGAAGCCUUAUUCGUGCAGUGUGUGUAAUAAAAUGUUCUCACUGAAAACUAAUUUAGACAAACAUUCUCUCGUUCAUACUGGAGAAAAACCUUAUUCAUGCAGUGUAUGCGAUAAGAAUUUCACAUCAAAAAGAAAUUUAAAUGAACACCUUCUUGUUCAUACUGGUGAAAAGCUUUAUUCAUGCAAUGUAUGUUUUAAAACAUUUAAACACAAAAGAAAUUUAACUACUCACUCCCUUGUUCAUACUGAAGAAAAACCAUAUUUGUGCAGUGUAUGUGAUAAAGCAUUCACAGAGAAACGAACUUUAACUGAACAUUCUUUCAUUCAUACGGGAGAAAAACCUUAUCCAUGCAAUGUAUGUGAUAAAGCAUUCAGACAAAAAAGAACUUUAAAUAAACACUCUCUUGUUCAUGCUUUGGAAAAGCCAUAUUCAUGCAGUGUGUGUAAUAAAACGUUCACACUGGAAACUCAUUUAAAUAAACACUGCCUUCUUCAUACUGAACCUCAUUCAUGCAGUGUAUGUAAUAAGACAUUCACUAGGAAAAGAACUUUGAAAGAACACUUUCGUAUUCAUACCGGAGAAAAACCUUAUUCAUGCAGUUUAUGUGAUAAGACAUUCACACACAAAAGAAAUUUAACAGCACACGCUAUUUCUCAUACUGGAAUAAAGCCUUUCUCGUGUGAUGUAUGUGAUAAAACAUUCACCCAGAAAAAAAGUUUAAUUAAGCAUUCUCGUCUUCAUACUUGAAGGAAAUCUUAUUGUUAUGCAAUCUUUCUGUUUUUAUGCAGUUUGUAUCACAAAUUCUCUGUCAGAAGAAGAGUUUAAAGGAAAAAUAUUGUUGAUAUUAGAGAAGAAUCUUUUUAAUGCAGUGUUGAACAACAAUUGCAAACUAUUCAUUUAAAUAAACAUUUACUUAUGUCAUAUUCAAUAGAGACCUUUUUCAUCUAAUGUAUUUAAGUAAAUCUUGUGCAAAUAAAUUCUAUUUUAAAAAA